AUGUGGACUCUCUGCAUUAUUUCAUAUUAUGACAAGACUGAUCUUGAUAUUGGUGGAAUUAUAAUGGAUGACCCACUUCUGGAUGAGCCUAUAAGAAAUCUUUAUCUAAUUCAAAAAGAUUUUGGUGAAGAGACCCAGGAAACCACUAUGGGAAGUCAAGAUUAUAAUAAAGAUGUGUUAGACAUCUCCUUCGACAUGUUGAUCGAGUAUCAAAUGUGUAAGGAGAAUGAUAAUCAUAUCCAUGAAUAUGUUGAGGUUAGUAUUGUCAUAACCAAUGGUGGUGUUUAUGAAAACCAUGUUCAUGUAGUAGAAGAUGAGGAGACAUUGUGUGAAGAUGUGUUAUAUGUUGAAGAAGAUGAAGGGUUGUAUGAUGCUUCUAGCAUGACACUUGGCGUUAAGAAUAUGUUCCAUGGAGCAUUGGCUAGUGUAUAA